AUGGAUCCUUCUAAAUUGGAAUUACUACUUGAACGACAAAUGAAAUUAAUGGAAAUGUUCGUCAACGAACAGACUUGUCCAGCUUCACCUUCAAGCAAUCCGAAUCAUACCAUGCUACCAUCUGUCGACGGCAUUGUGAAUAGUAUUUCACAGUUCAAUUAUAAUCCAGAUGCGAAUGCCACUUUUGACACAUGGUAUCAACGAUAUGAGGAUUUAUUCACUGUUGAUCUCGCCUCACAAGACGAUGCUUGGAAGGUGCGAGUGUUAUUAUGUAAAUUGGGUCCUGCAGAAUAUGAAAGGUACUGCAACCUAAUUUUACCCCAAAAACCACGUGACAAGUGUUUCGAUGAUACAAUAAAGCUGCUGCGUGAACAUUUUGGAGACCACUCCUCAUUAUUCAGCAUACGUUAUCGUUUCCUCAAGCUGACAAUGAAUGAAAAUGAUGAUUUUCUUACUCAUGUUGGCACAGUCAACCGAGAAUGUGAGAGAUUUCGACUCAGGUCCUUAACAGAUGAUCGAUUCAAAGUUUUGAUUCUCAUAUGCAGUCUUCAAUCUCCUCGUUUCACAGAUAUCCGAACUCGACUGCUCAAUCAGCUAGAACAAAAUCCUAAGUUAACAUUACAUGACAUAGCUGAUGAAUAUCAACGGCUGAUUAAUCUGCAGAAAGACACACACCUGGUCGAAUCAACAACUUCGAGAAGCUCUGAUAUUCAUGCAUUACGAAAGAGCGAAAAUCUCUCAUAA